GCGGCGCGCAGCGAGGGCGGAAGGAGGCAGGCGGGCGGCGGCCGGAGAGCGAGGAGAGGCGCUAGCGAGAGCCGUCAUGUGCGACUUCACGGAAGACCAGACCGCCGAGUUCAAGGAAGCUUUCCAGCUGUUUGACAGAACUGGAGAUGGCAAGAUCCUGUACAGCCAGUGCGGGGAUGUGAUGAGGGCCUUGGGUCAGAACCCCACAAAUGCGGAGGUCAUGAAAGUUCUGGGGAACCCCAAGAGUGACGAAAUGAAUGUGAAAACCCUGAGUUUCGAGCAGUUCUUGCCCAUGAUGCAAACCAUCGCGAAGAACAAGGACCAAGGCUGCUUUGAGGAUUACGUAGAGGGGCUGCGGGUCUUUGACAAGGAGGGAAAUGGCACAGUCAUGGGAGCAGAGAUACGCCAUGUUCUUGUCACUCUGGGGGAGAAAAUGACUGAGGAAGAAGUGGAGAUGCUGGUGGCCGGCCAUGAAGACAGCAAUGGGUGCAUUAACUACGAAGCAUUUGUGAGACACAUCUUGUCAGGGUGAAUUCGAACGGGAGUUGGUGCGGAUGGUUCUGAGCGGUUGAAGACCACCACUUGCUUCUCCUGAGAAAACUUUCCAGUUUAUCCUUAACAUUUUUGUGCCUUCUUAAUCUGUUGUGUCGAAAAUACUUUUUGGUUCCAUUCUUCGUCCUUUGGUUUUGCUCUGGGGGAGUUGAAUCCUUUGCUGAAGAAUCCUUUGCUUCUCAGUCUAUGUAGAAGUGCAGAGAAGUGAACUGGUGGCCACUUGACUUGUAUUGCAGUGCUGUUUAUUUCCAGAAACGUUCAACAAUUUCCCCCUCUCAAUUGCUUUAAUAAAAUAUUCCUAAAGUGUC